AUGAAGGCCUCAACUCUCCUCGCCAUCCUCCCCUUGGCCAUGGCCGCCCCCUCUAAGCGGUCCUUCCCGGCCCCAGUCCUUGUUCCCCGUGACGCUCAGCUCGUCGAAGGCAAGUACAUCGUUAAGAUGAAGGAAAAGGCUGCAUUUUCCGCCGUCUCCUCUGCCAUCUCCUCCAUUGCUGCCGAUGCCGACUACACUUACGAGGCCUUCAACGGAUUUGCUGCCAAGCUUACCGAUGAGGAGCUUGAGAAGCUCCGUGGGGACCCGAACGUCGACUACAUUGAGCAGGACGCCAUCGUGACCAUCUAUGCCACGCAGCAAAAUGCCGACUGGGGAUUGGCUCGCCUCUCAAGCCAGAAAGCUGGCACCACCACCUAUACCUACGAUGACAGCGCUGGCGAGGGUACUUGCGCCUUCAUCAUCGACACUGGUGUCGAGGCAUCCCACCCUGAGUUUGAAGGCCGCGCCACGUUCCUCAAGAACUUCGCUGGUGACGGCCAGGAGACCGAUGGCAACGGUCACGGUACUCACGUCGCUGGAACCAUUGGCUCCAAGACGUACGGUGUUGCCAAGAAGACCAAGCUCUUCGGAGUAAAGGUCCUCGACGCCCAGGGCAGCGGCUCCAACUCCGCUGUCAUUGCUGGUAUGGAAUUCGUCGCCCAGGAGGCCAAGGGCCAGCAGAGCAAGUGCCCCAAGGGUAUCGUUGUCAACAUGUCCCUCGGUGGCCAAAGGUCUUCCGCCGUCAACCAGGCCGCUCAAGCCAUCAGCAGCGCCGGCCUCUUCCUCGCUGUCGCUGCGGGCAACGAUGGGAAGGACGCCAGUGGCUACUCGCCUGCCUCGGAGCAGUCCGCCCGCACCGUCGGCAGCGGCUCCAACUCCGCUGUCAUUGCUGGUAUGGAAUUCGUCGCCCAGGAGGCCAAGGGCCAGCAGAGCAAGUGCCCCAAGGGUAUCGUUGUCAACAUGUCCCUCGGUGGCCAAAGGUCUUCCGCCGUCAACCAGGCCGCUCAAGCCAUCAGCAGCGCCGGCCUCUUCCUCGCUGUCGCUGCGGGCAACGAUGGGAAGGACGCCAGUGGCUACUCGCCUGCCUCGGAGCAGUCCGCCUGCACCGUCGGUGCUACUACCAAGACGGAUGCUCUCGCCCAGUACUCUAACCACGGCUCCAUCGUUGAUGUCCUCGCCCCGGGCUCCGACAUCGCGUCGACCUGGAUCAACGGCGGGGUCAACACCAUCUCCGGUACGUCCAUGGCUUCGCCACACGUUGCCGGCAUUGGCGCCUACUUCCUGGGCAAGGGUGCAUCAGUUCAGGGCCUCUGCGACUCUAUCAAGCAGAAGGGCAUCAGGGGUGCCAUUCAGGGUGUUCCAGGCACUACUCCCAACGUCUUGAUCAACAACGGCGAGGGCAGUAACUCCACCAGCCCCAUUGGCUUUUAA